GUGUGUGUGUUCCUGCCUGCUCACCUUGCCACGGGCUCCACACCAGAUUGGUCGGUUUUUUUUACCCAUGAUUCCUCCCGGUUCGGAGCGGACUACAUGUUGGCCGUCAUGCCAGAACGAGCGGUUCCUCCGUGGUCCUGGUGCGCGCAGAGCUGAGCCGAACCGAACCGAACCGCAGCAAAUGAGGCUCUCUGACGGCGGCAUGGCAGCCAAAAGCUCCGAGGGAUCCAUUAAAUGGCAGCUGUGCUACGACAUCUCCGCCCGAACCUGGUGGAUGGAUGAGUUCCAUCCGUUCAUCGAGGCGCUACUCCCCCACGUCCGGGCCUUCGCCUACACCUGGUUCAACCUGCAGGCGCGCAAGAGGAAGUACUUCAAGAAGCACGAGAAGCGCAUGUCCAAGGAGGAGGAGCGCGCGGUGAAGGAUGAGCUGCUGGGCGAGAAGCCCGAGGUCAAGCAGAAGUGGGCGUCCCGCCUGCUGGCCAAGCUGCGCAAGGACAUCCGGCCCGAGUUCCGGGAGGACUUCGUGCUGACGGUGACGGGCAAGAAGGCGCCGUGCUGCGUGCUGUCCAACCCGGACCAGAAGGGCAAGAUGCGGCGCAUCGACUGCCUGCGGCAGGCCGACAAGGUGUGGCGCCUGGACCUGGUGAUGGUCAUCCUGUUCAAGGGAAUCCCGCUGGAGAGCACGGACGGCGAGCGGCUCGUCAAGGCGCCGCAGUGCGCCAACCCCGGCCUCUGCGUCCAGCCGCACCACAUCGGCGUCUCCGUCAAGGAGCUCGACCUCUACCUGGCCUACUUCGUGCACUCAGAAACCAGCCAAUCAGAAAGCCCCAACCAGGCCAGCGAAUCAGACAUCAAGGAGCAGCCAGAGAACGGUCACCUGGGAUUCCAGGACAGCUUUGUCACACCUGGAGUCUUCACCGUGGCCGAACUCGUCCGAGUCUCCCAGACUCCCAUCGCGGCCGGAACCGGACCCAACUUCUCCCUGGCCGACCUGGACAGCUCCUCCUACUACAGCAUGAGUCCAGGAGCCAUGAGGAGGCCGCUGCCCAGCACCUCCUCCUCCAGCUCUGCCAAGAGGAUAAAGUGCAUGGAGGAGGACGUUGACAGUCCGGGCGAGGAGUCCUACUACCCGGGUCCGGGUCGGUCUCCGGGGAACGGCGGCCAGGCCGGCAGCUGGCACGACGUGGAACCAGCUGGAUAUAAGCUACGCGGCUCUCUAGCUAGCUCGUUCAUCUCUCGACAAGGAACGCCAGCCUCCAUCUGCUCUCUGAAGCGCUCAGACAGGUGCAGCUCCUCUUCCUCCUCUUCCUCCUGCCCCAGAAUGGCUGCCCCCCUCUAUCACCGGCCCCUCAAUACCGGGCCUCCAGGUGAGGCCAGAACCCUUUACUCCCCCUCCUCACCUGUAUUCCACCUGGUCAUUGCCAUGCUGGGCGGACAACAUAAAUGUCACCGCUCUCUGGGUUCCUGCUGCAUGGUUCUGAUUCUGGUUCCGGUCCGUUCUCUGACUCCUGUCCCUCCUCUUCCUCAGCCCAGCAGCAGCUCCCAGACGAAGGUCCACAACCCGUUCCUGCCGGCGCCAAUGCUGCCCCCCCCACCGCCCCCUCCGAUGGCCCGGCCCGUCCCGCUGCCCGUCGACGCCAAGCCCCCCGCCACCUCAUCCACGGAGGGGGGCGGCAACUCCCCUUCUUCCCCCACGUACUCCACCCCCACCACAUCUCCAGCCCAGCGGUUCGUCAGCAUCGGCCCUCGAGAUCCCAGCUUCAACAUCCCUCAGCAGCCGCAGUGGUACCUGGGAUAAGGACUCCGGAGGCGCAGACGCCCUCUACGGCCAGCCUGUCCUCCAACACCAGCUGUCCCUGGUCAACCCCGUCACCGGUCCUGCAGAUCCUGGCUCCACCGUCAAUGACUCGGCAUCGGCAUGGCUAAAGCAGAUUAAGCGCUCCCAUGCUGCGAAUCGUUCGUCCCAGAAUUCCUUGCAGCCUCUUGGAUCGUAUAUCUGUAGUGCUGGAUCUGAGUCCUGAACCUUUUUCCCUGAAUCCCUGACCUGUGGGGCUAUGGGGGAAGCGACCUGUUCUGGGAACGUCAUCAGACUGAGUCCCAGUUACUCCUCUGUGGAGGACCUACCUAUCCAUCACUUUGUGCCGUGUGAACUUGCAGUGGUUUGAAGCCCUCGAGGCUGCCACCACCCCUUCCUCCUUAGUGGAUCCCUGCAGCUGGCUGGGGGCCGCCUGGCUCAGAGACACCAGCUGAAACAAACCUCCUGGGACGGACGCUGCCUCCUUCCCUAGCUCUCUUCAGGACUUGGACGGUAGCAUGAGCUGAGCCGGGGGCGGAGCAGCAUGAACUGACCGUGGGGGCUCUGGGUGGGGCAUCCUGAAGGUGGUCUGGAUUCGCUGCUACGCUUCACCAGGCGCUCGUUUCUCUGGAGGCUUCAUGGCUCAUCGGUUUCUCUCUUUUAGCCUCCAUUCUCUCCUUCCAUCCAUCCACCUGUCCAGGUGAAGAGGCAGCGUACGCAGGGCGGGCCGAACCCCCGGGGGUCCGGAGCCACGCCGCCAGUCAGGGGAGAGCCCCGCCUCUCAAACUUAAACAGUGAAAUCAUGAGGAAAAGUGCAAUUUUGUUGACUAGUUGUUGGAUUAUUAAAUAUAUCUAAAUGUAUAUUUUUCUUGUAGUCCGCUCAGACCUGGGACUCUAAAACACUGAGCGACAAACCGACACGCAGCCUUGGGGAACCCCAACCCAGUGAGAAACCCCCAAACCGCGUCGUUCUUUGAUAAUCUGGUAGUUUGAUAUGAGAACGUCUGAAUCAGAGAUCAGUUUCUGAGCAAAGUACUGAUGUUCAUUCAGCUCAAAUAGGAAUGAAUAACGAUUCCUUUAUUUAAAAUUUAUUCUGCGUCAGCGAAACAAAAUGUCUCCUGAGGCCAAAUCAACAAUUUAAGCUUGAAACAAAUCAGUUUGGCAAGAUAAUCUGCCUGGCAACGGGCUGCCAUGUGAUUGGCUGGGUCUUUCAGAGGCUCCAUCCAAUCACAAGCACUUCUUCCUCCAGCUGGCCUAUAGGCUGUGAGUGUGUCAUCAGGGGGCGUGGUUUAUUUAUGAAGAUUUUAACUCUUCUUCAGUUUGUUUUUUCUUUCUUAUUCUAUAAAUAUCUAAAGACACACACACCUGACGUUAACAUGAGUUUAAGUGAAAAAGUCAUAAAAAUAAGUAAAAAAAUCUGCAUGUGUUCGUGUUUGUGGCCGUUUUCUCCAUAGAUGACGUAGUUAGUGAUAAACGGACGAUAUCCCAACAUGAGGCACUUCCUGUCGGUUCUUCACUUCCCUGCUGCUCUCGGUUCUUUUCAUGCUUCCUGGCAGCAAUAGAACCGGUCCGCUCUUCAAAUCCGAAACGUUCCCCUGUCUGUCCCGUAUCUAAAUUAGCUGAUCCUCGUCUCUGCGCCACAAACACUAGCUGGAUGUCCAACCUGUGGUCAAACCAGCUUCAAGGUGGCGUGGCCUGCAGGUGGCGCUGUAGGCUGUGAAGUUGUGAAGAACUUCCUCCUGAGGUCAGAUGGUCUCCUCCGUGUUUGAGGCUGGAUCUCCUGAAGGCUGCAGAUGGAAACGUUCGCUGGACUUUUUCCACCACAGCAGCUCCAGGUCCGAACCACAAGCUGCUCUACAGCCCAUAAUUAUUCAUACCCCUGGCAGACUUGCCUCUAUUUUGUUUCUGAUGGGGCACAAAGCUCUUUUUAUAUAGGAAACAUAUCUCUAUUAUAAGAUACAUAAAAAAUCAGCUUUAAUUAUAUUAGAAUAAUAAUCUGCCUCAAUUAUCAAUUAAAGAAUUGAUAAUGAGUGAAGCUUACUAGCUACAUGCCUGUCUUGUUGUAUAUAUAGCCAAACAUUGGUUGAUACUUAUUCCUCUCAUAUUAAGCUUGAUUUUAGAUGUGCUCUGAUACCACCCAGUGGUCGGAGUGUGAACUACAUGUGGUUCAUGGCAGUGGAAUUGUGCAAUAGGCCGAUAAAGUAUUAAUAAUCUGAAUCCUCAGCUAGGUUGUGUAAUAAAAAUAUAUUUUAGACUAAUGUUUUCUAUACAUGAUAUAUUAAAACAGACCACAUGAUAAAAUUCUAAAAUUAAUUUCUAAUUUGUGUUUGAAGUUUUUUAGUGACACUCGGCAACUAAUGAAUGGAAAUGAGUGAUGCUAGUCUUUAGAACCAAUAUAUAUAAAUUUAGAUAUAUUUGUACAAAAAAAGUAAAUAGUAUUUUUAUUAUAUAUAAAUAUUCAUAAAAUAAUUAUUUUCACAAGUGUAUAAUAUCUGUUUUAUCUGGAUUUAGGGAACAAAAGCUUCUAGGACAUUACAAUAAAGACAUUUUUCAGUAGUUAGCUCUAUUUGAAACACUGCAGGAUAAAAACAAAUGGUCAAAAAUAUAUGCUGAAAAUCAGUUUGUAAAACUGAUUUCAUGGGACUGCUGUGAAGGAAUUUUACAGUAUUUAAAACACUAUGAUGAUGAAAAACCAGUGGCUGUUCAAAACGAAAAAUUUUACACAAUUUCAAUCUUUUUUGAGCAAAAACAUUCUCUGUGAAAUUGUCAUUGUAGUAAAACUGAACAAUCUGUUUCAUUCCUUAACUGCCUGGUGUCGCUAAUUAGCAUCAUAGCUAAAUUUACACUAAUGGUGUCUGAAAUGUUCAAAUUUAUAAUGUCUAAGUUUUGGUGCACUCGGACAUUCAGGCAUUAAGGGGAUGUUAGCUUGUGGGCGGAGCAGCUUGUUGGUCCUCCACUGUUCAGAUGGAGUUAUAAACCGCAUUCUGAUUGGUUGCUGGAUGUUCUGGUUCUGGAGCAGAGAUCAGCUUAGUGGAGCCCAGACAUCCAACUCCACCUGCAGGUCAGCUUCAGGACUCCAGCGUCUCCCUGUUGUUGCCACAGGGCUCCAGUAGGGGGCAGAGCAGCAGAAACAGCUUCCAGCGCUGCUAUUUGCUGCUCGUUUGACUGAAUCCGGACCUUCUGGUCGACCGCUUCGUGAUCUCCUCCGUCUUUCCAGGGAAUUUUCCAUCUGUUGCUGGAAGGUUUCACGUCUUCCCGUUUGUCUGCCUGAUUGUUCCCAGAUCCGAGUAUCGGAUGUAAAUUAUGCAAUAUCUGCUUGCACUCUGAGACGUCUUUUUAUGACCGCAGCCGGACCCUACUGGGCCGCUGCGGUGGCUCUGGUCCGAUGAGCCAGGCUGCUGUCUCAUGAACCCGACCUUAAAGGUGCGGACGGUUCUGUGAAACGGAUCUGUCCGGUUCUGUUGGGUCCGAGGCUCAGUUCUGUUCCUGCCUUCCCUUUGGCUGUGAGUUGGGCAUUAUCUAUCUGCACUAAUUAUGAGAUGCUGAAUACAGAAAAGCAGCUUCUAGGUCGAAUCGAUUGAAGGGAAUAAAAUGAGAAAAUUGCACGGACAUUUUUUUAAAGUGUCAAAAAUCUGAAUCCGACUCUGGCUAAGCGUUCGAGACAUUUUUAAGAAACUGCGAUGAGUGAGCAGUAGUGUGGGCAGCGAGUUAGUUUGCUGUUGGUUCGUUUAGUUGGUUCUGCAGUGAAGGCAGCGGGAGCGCCUCCUACUGGCUGGAGCCCUGACUGAGGGCUGUAUAGUUUAUUGAUUUUAAAGCUGCCCUAUUUUCUAAUGCAGGACUUUUUUAACAAUGACUAAGUGAGGAAACUGGUGUGAAUUUUCUGACUGUUUCUACGGAGGUUGUUUUUUUCCUGGAAACUGGAUCUAAGUUGAAAACUUUCCCGUUUCCUCCUUUUUGCUUGGGUUUCCUUUUUUAUGUAUUUAUGAACAUCUCCUAUGUUGAUCCUCUUCUGCAGCCCAGGGUGACCCCCACCCCAAUGUAAAUGGAUGUUACAGUUUCUGUAUGUUCAGUGUUGAUGAAGCUGAAUUUAGUCCUUCUGAGGGAAAACAGCAUUUUCUGCGUUUGAAGGAGUUUAGUUGUUAGGCAGGAGACAUAGCCGGCCAAACGAUGCCCGACUAGAAAUGCAUCCAGGCAUCUUUUUUUCUGUUCACCAUUCCAUGCAGAACAAUAAACAGCUUGAUUAUGCAACAUGA